AUGCAAACCGUGCGUUGUUCUCCAACUCAUCGUGACGGAGCUUCUAAGAGAGCGAGUGAUACCGAAAUUUAAGAGAGAAAAAAAAGGGAAAAAAAAAGUAGUGUGAGAGAGAGAGAGAGUGACAACAAUGUGCCCGACGAAGCAGAAGCAAAAACUGAAGCAUCGGAGCUCAGUCGUCACGGAAGACGCCAGACUCUUCUCCGGCAAAGACUCCGCCACCACCACUGCCGCCGCCAAAGCCUACUGGAGAGACGAAGCGAUCAACGGUGGAUCUCUCAAGCACGUGGACCUCAACAAUGGAUCCAACGGCUGGGCUUCACCACCAGGCGAUCUCUUCUCUCUCCGAGGCGAAAACUACUUCUCGAAGAAGCAGAAGUCCCCCUCCGGCGCGUGGCUGUUACAGCCUGCCGGAGUUGACUGGCUCCGAUCAGCGACUAAGCUCGAUAACGUACUCGCCCGCCCAGACAACCGUGUCAUGAACGCGCUGAGAAAGGCCCAAUCACAAGGCGAGUAUCUCAAAACCUUCGUACUCGCGGUCAAUCUCCAAGUCCCCGGCCGAGACCAGCACAGCGCGGUGUUCUACUUCUCCACCGACGAUCCGAUCGUUUCCGGUUCGCUUCUCCAGCGGUUCGUCGAUGGCGACAACUCGUUCCGGAACCAGCGGUUGAAGAUCGUGAACCGGAUCGUGAAAGGACCGUGGAUCGUCAAAGCCACCGUAGGGAACUACUCGGCUUGUCUCCUCGGUAAAGCUCUGACGUGUAACUAUCACAGAGGCUCGAACUACCUCGAGAUUGACGUCGAUAUGGGGAGCUCGGCAAUUGCGAGCGCCGUCUUGCACCUUGCAUUGGGAUACGUGACGGCGGUGACGGUGGACAUGGGGUUUGUGGUGGAGGCGCAGGCAGAGGAUGAGCUGCCGGAGAGGCUGUUGGGUGCGGUUAGGGUUUGUCAAAUGGAGAUGUCGUCAGCAACUUUCAUUGAUACGACGUCGUCUACAAAACUUGGGCCUUCGAAAAUCAAUAAUUAUCAGAAUCAGAGUAGGGUUCGGGCCUCCAAAUCUGAGGGCGAUGAUGAGGAUGAUUGAGAAAGAAUAUCUCUGGUAAUUUUUUUUUUUUUUAUUUUAAAGUUACUGUAAUGGUUUAAUUUUCAAUUUUUGUAGGGGGUUGGUGGAAUGUGAUUUUGCUUUCUAUCACCUCUUUUUUGUCAUAGGGAUUGAUGGUUGUAGAUAGAGAUAAAAAUAACUGUUGUCUCUUGUCUAGAAUUUUAAUUGCACUUUGAGACUUUCACAACUA